AGUUUUAGAGUGUUAGAAUGAACCAUACGUUGUUGUAGUGGCAGGGUCUAUGUCGGAGUAAGGGUUUGCUGUAGACAUAGCAUACCCCUUUCCACUGCCACUUUCACGCGUACCUAGACUUUAUAAGCUCUGAUAUCUGCGAUAAACUCUGUAUUAUAUACAUAUGCACAUAUAUGUUGCGUUGGUUAACAUUUCAUGAUAUUUGUAGACAGUGUUUGACUAGUGUGUAAACUCGACUAUUGCGUACUGGAUAUUCUAUUACGUAAUGAUAGUUUAUUUAUGCAUCCAAUUGCUAAUGAGUGGUAUAUAAUCGGUAUAGACGCUCAAUGUUACAAUUCAUUUUAUACAAAUCGUUAUAUGUGCAGUUUCACUCAUAGAAGCCUCGGGUAUCGCAAUCGAGUAUUAUACCAUCUUUGUAUUACACAAGUAAUCAUUUUAUGGAUAUAAUAUCGUCAUUUGAUGGUGGACCAUUUCCAGCGUUUAUCGCUUUGCACUUAUGAAGACAUCAGUACCAGGGAUUUAAUAGAUUCCAUAAUAAUAC